AUGGCAGUAUCGGGUAGAAAGGUUGCUGAUUUUCAAGGUUCCAUAUCCAAAGGUUCAGCAGAGGACUUUGACCAUAGAUGUGAACCAUGCUUGGCGAUUGGUCAGCAAAUAGAAGCUCAUGGAUUUUGUGUGGACUGUCAUGAAUACCUGUGUAAGAACUGUUUUGCUUACCAUCAAAGAACGAAGGCCUCGAAACAUCAUCAGCUGGUAAACAAAGAUAAUACGGAUAAACAUGCUGUUAUCAAGGAGGAAACAGACGAAUGCACUGAGAAGUGUCAAGUGCACAAAAAGGAAGUGAUUAAAUUUUUCUGCCCAAAACACGAAGCUCUCGGCUGCAACGAUUGUAUCGUCCUGAAUCACAGAGCAUGUGACAUUGACUAUAUACCUGAUAAAUGUGUAGGUAUUGGGGACAGUACAGAGUUCGGAGAGUUACUAAGGGAACUUGAUCAAAAAGCAAAUGAGGCUGAUAAUAUUAUAAAGCAGGCUUCACGUAGAGAAAAAGAAUUAGAUUCCUGCCAUGAUAAGCUACUCAAAGAAAUCAGAAUGUUUCGCAAAGAGAUAAAUUAUCGCUUAGAUCAGCUACAAAAGCAAAUCCAGACAGACGCUGACAAAAAGAAGUCCACAGAUAAACAAACGGUAAACAAGGUGCUUGAAACGUGUACAACUACUUCUUCAGAUAUCAAACAACUACAAUCAAGACUACAAGGUUACAAAGCCUCACAGCAGAAUGGACAACUUUACAUUACAAUGGAACAAGCUAAAUCCAAAUGUAAGACAGACGAACUAAAGGGGGCAGACAGAUGUUUACAAAAGACAAACAUGCAAUACCUAUUUGAACAAAACCAAGACCUGGAAAACAUGGUUUCAAGACCAAAUGCAUUUGGAAAGCUCACUCUGUCGUCUUCUCUUAUAACUUCAAAGGUGAGGAAACCUAUCAACAAAUUAACCCAAAAAGAAAACAUAAAUGUAAAGACGAAAUCAGAUUGGAAGGAAUGCUGGAUCAGAGGAUGCGUUGUCCUCUCCUCUAACAAACUUGUGGCGGCUGACUUUGAAAACGAAAAAUUGAAAGUUGUUGACAUCAAAAAUAAAGCUGUAAUAGAAGAGACAACACUUUGUUCACGUCCAAUUGACAUUGCAGUAAUGCCUCAGGACCAUAUUGCUGUAUCAAUGCCACUGAAGAAAGAGAUCCUUAUAUUGACAACAGCUGAUACACUGUCAAUUGUCCGCAAAUUUCCGGUUAAAGGAGGCUGUAGAGGUAUAGCUUAUCAUCAAGGUCAUCUCUACGUAGUUUGCAGAGACCCGAAGUGUGUAUUUAUUACAGAUACACAAGGUAACGUCCAGAGCAAAAUUUUACUGGAUAAUAAGACAUUUGACAGACCAAACUACUUACUGCUGAGUAAGGAUCUGAGACAUAUCUUCAUCAGUGACUCGGGUAGCCACAGUGUCGUCAGUAUAACAUUACAAGGUGAUAUAUCUGCUGAAUACAAAAACAGAGAAUUUAAAUCACCAGAGGGAAUGAAGAUACUAGACGAUGGAUCCUUGCUUGUGUGCUGCUGUAUGGUAAAUGGCAGCAUACGUCGUAUCUCGGGUAAUUUGAAGCAAUGUCACACAAUGAUAGAUGGUCUGUCAUACCCACGGUCUAUCUGCUAUAAUCAUGAUCAACAUGAGGUCCAUGUCGGAUAUUUCAGUGAUCAGAUGAUUGUGUUGAGUGCAAAAUAA